AUAAUAAUGCCUGUCCCUGAUGCUUCUGUCUUUUAACCACACUCCUUUACUCAAAUUUAAUGUUCCUCCAAUCCCUUCUUCGCCGUCUUUUGGUGCUGCUCGUUCCGCUGGCCGUGACGAGCAGCCUGUAUCUAUAUCUGUAUCCCGUCGUCCACGGCUGCGCCUUUCCUCUGCCGCAUCAUCACUCGCACUCUUUCUCGGAUGCCUUUCUGGCCACUGCGCGACAGCAUAUACCCAUAGACGCUGAGCCCGCACCAGCAGCGCCAUUCCGUCUUCUCGUCCUCGCAGAUCCUCAGAUAGAGGGCGACAGCUCGCUACCUAAGGCAGAGGAUGAGCUGCCAGCGCGUCUGCGACACCACUGGGGGCAGAUACGGGCUGCCCUGACCUCUCCAGCUCUUCCUCUCAACACGAGCUCGGCCAUUGAUACUGAGUCUACGUCGGAUUCGACCUCCAGCCACGCUUCUAAGACAGACUUCAAACCCAUUCCCAACCCCGACAUCAACACCCGCGCACCCCCAUCGACCCCGUUCAAGAUCAACCUCCCCGCCACGCAACAAGCCAUCACCACCGCCCUCCACUCCCUCCUCCACACCGAUCUCCCCCGCACCCUCAAAGCAGUGCGCAAACGUCUCGACCUCUUGGGUAACGACUACUACCUCGCCCACAUCUACCGCACCCUCCACUGGUGGACCCAGCCCACCCACGUCACGGUCCUCGGCGAUCUCAUCGGCAGCCAAUGGGUCAGCGACGAGGAAUUCCAGCGCCGAGGCCACCGAUACUGGGAGCGAGUGUUCCAAGGUGACCAAAACAACAACAAGAUCCAGAAUAACAACACCGACUUCGCCCUCAACCCAACCACCCACUCCUCCCCUUGGACGAACCGCAUCCUCAACGUCGUCGGCAACCACGACAUCGGAUACGCAGGGGACGCCAGCGCCUCGCGCAUCGCCCGGUUCGAAGAGACCUUCGGAACCGUCAACUGGGACGUGAAAUUCUGGCUCAACACGGCCUCCUCUGUUUCUGCCUCUACCUCAGCCUCAGCCUCCCACCCAAAUACAGCCCUCCACCCCAACCCCCCACAAAUCCACAUCAUCAACCUCAACUCGCUCACCCUAGACACCCCCGCCUACAGCCCGGACAUCCAGUCCGCCUCCUACGACUACCUCAACGCCCUCAUCACCGACCGUCUCGCGCCGGUCACCGACCGCUCCACGUUUACGUUGCUGCUGACGCACCUCCCGCUGCACAAGCGGGCGGGCGUCUGCGUGGACGCGCCGCAUUUUAAGUUCUUCGAGGAGGAUGAUAACGCCGAGGAUGGUAAGGAGAAGCGGUGGUUCGCCGGGGGGUUACGCGAGCAGAAUCAUUUGAGUGAGUGGGUGAGUGGGAAUGGGGUGUUGGAGGGGGUGUUUGGGAUGAGUGGGGAGGUCGGGGAGGUGGAAGGCGGCGGGUGGGGAAGGAAGGGGUUGGUGUUGACGGGGCAUGAUCAUGAGGGGUGCGAUGUUUUGCAUUUUGGUGAGGGUGAGGGUGAGGGUGAGGGUGAGGGUGCGGAGGAGAGUGAGGACAAGGGCAAACGCGAAACUGAGGAUGCUACUGCAGCAGCUGCUGACUCCGAGCAAAGGGACUGGAAAUGGGACGCCAAACGCUACUCCUCCGUGCAGGAGGCCACCACUACUCCUCCCUCCACGCCCUCCAUCCGCGAGGUCACCAUGCGCUCCAUGAUGGGUGCGUAUGGCGGGUACGCGGGCUUGCUGUCCGUGUGGUUUGACACGGACAAGCAGGAGUGGGAGUAUGAGAUCCAGAUGUGCGCGGCCGGGGUGCAGCAUAUCUGGUGGGCGGUGCAUGUGACGGAUCUGGUGACUGUCGGCGUCGUGGUGGUCGUAGCAGCACUACGCCUUCUGGCGGUCGUGCGACGGUCGAAGAAGUCCCAGGAACGGACAGAUGGUGGGAAAAGUCGGCCGCAGAAGGUCAAGACAUAAAACUGUAUCUACAGCAGGUGGAUACACACACACACAUCUAUAUAAAUCUUAGAUAUCAGGUAUAGCAAGC